ACACACUCAGACACAGUCACUAGCCUCAGCCGUGGAGGUGGCGGGUUUCAGAUAUAGUGGACUGUCUUGUGUUUAUACUUGAAAAUUCAAUAAAACUACAGUUUUACUACGCACAUUUCCCACGAAGCAACAUCAACCAAGCCGAGGAUGCCACGCAGACGACUGCAAAGACAUGUACCUGGAAGUGGUUCUGAUGGAACCGAAGACUCGGACUCAUCGGCUGAGAGAGAACAGACCAAUAGCUCUGAAAGUGACGGCAAUGCCACCAAACGACAGCGUCUCACCAGAGCCUCCACCCGCCUCAGUCAAAGUUCUCAAGACACUCCAGAUUUGAAGAGAGCUGCUGAUCAUGAUGAAUCUCCACCCUUGACGCCCACAGGGAACGCUCCAUCUUCUGAGUCCGAAUUAGACAUCUCCAGCCCAAAUGCGUCUCAUGACGAGAGUCAUUCUAAGGAUCAAGCUCAUCGAGACCCUGACAAAGAUCCAUCCAAUCGGCCAAAGCGACGCCGGUGCCACGAAACCUACAAUUUUAACAUGAAAUGCCCCACUCCUGGGUGUAAUUCACUUGGUCACCUGACUGGAAAACAUGAACGCCAUUUUGCUGUAUCAGGAUGUCCGCUGUAUCACAACCUCUCUGCUGAUGAGUGCAAGGUGAAAGCAGUCACACGUGAAAAACAAGAAGAAGAAGUAAAAGUGCCUGAAGAAAGCAAUUCUCGCCAUGCCACCCGUCAUCAGACCCCAACAUCGAAGCAGAGCAAAUACAAAGAGCAGGUGGUGGAAAUGAGGAAGGGACGAAACUCUGGACUUCAGAAGGAGCAGAAGGAAAAGCACAUGGAACAUCGUCAGCUUCACAACAACACCAGAGAGCCUCUUCUGGACAACAUCACCAGUGACUAUGAUUUGGAGCUUUUUAGGAAAGCCCAGGCUCGUGCCUCUGAAGAUCUGGAGAAGCUGCGUAUCCAGGGUCAGAUCACAGAGGGCAGUAACAUGAUCAAGACCAUCCUUUUUGGCCGCUAUGAGCUGGACACCUGGUACCACUCACCGUACCCAGAGGAGUAUGCCCGCCUUGGUCGCCUCUACGUCUGUGAAUUCUGCCUCAAGUACAUGAAGAGUCAGACCAUCCUGAGACGACACAUGGCCAAAUGUGUUUGGAAACAUCCUCCAGGAGACGAAGUGUACAGGAAAGGAGCUAUAUCUGUGUUUGAAGUGGACGGCAAGAAAAAUAAGAUCUACUGCCAGAACCUUUGCUUACUGGCCAAACUCUUCCUGGACCACAAAACCUUGUACUACGACGUUGAACCGUUUCUGUUUUAUGUCAUGACUGAGGCCGACAACACGGGCUGCCAUCUAGUUGGUUACUUCUCCAAGGAAAAGAACUCGUUCCUCAACUACAAUGUGUCCUGUAUUCUGACAAUGCCUCAGUACAUGAGACAAGGCUUUGGAAAAAUGCUCAUCGACUUCAGCUACUUGCUGUCGAAAGUGGAGGAAAAGGUGGGUUCACCAGAGAGACCUCUGUCUGAUCUGGGCCUCAUCAGCUACCGCAGCUACUGGAAGGAGGUUCUGCUCCGAUACAUGCACAACUUCCAGGGCAAAGAGAUCUCCAUUAAAGAGAUCAGUCAGGAGACGGCCGUCAACCCUGUGGACAUUGUGAGCACGCUGCAGUCUCUGCAGAUGCUCAAGUACUGGAAGGGGAAACACUUGGUGUUGAAGAGACAGGAUCUGAUCGAUGAGUGGAAGGCGAAAGAGGUAAAAAGAGGGAAUGGGAACAAAACCAUCGACCCCACUUCACUGAAGUGGACCCCUCCCAAGGGAACAUGAGCCGGCUAAACCACCUGCAGCACCAUGGACGUGCUAACCGCCCUCAAGUUUUUAUGUUGUCAACCAUCUUUUUAUAACAUUUUAUACACCUCUUCGAGAUUUGUAAUAUUCCCAGGGUUUUGUGUUCCAGUCGGAUCCUUCUUUAUCUUCUUCAGAAAAGCUUUGAAUGUUCUCUGACACUCUGUCCCACAGAUUCAAUGAAUGUUGUAUUCAGGGAAAAAAAACGACACAUUUGGAAGAUUUUCAGGCAUUUUUUUAUUUCCUUCAUGAAAUGUGCUUCAUGAGUUCAAGAGCUGUUUUUGUUUGCAACAGUUUUUUUUUAAAGAAAGCUGUAUGAUUGUAUGUUCCAGGUUCUUUGGUUGCUUUAAAAUUGUAUAGAAGAUUUCUUUCUGUCUUCCCCCAUCAAUACUGAACUGUGAGCCAUUCCUCUGGUGCCCCUGCCGUGUAAUGAAAGAAAGUUUUGGAAAAAUAGGUCAAAAUGGCAUAGAGUCAUAGACAGUACCGUGUUCCUGUGGUUUCUGUGAAACGUCAGCCGUUGAUGCGGAUGGAAAGUCUUCAGGUCCAUCUGUGUCCCAAAUGAAAGCAUCACUGUUACAUUUGUUCAGUAAGUUGGUAUUUUUGAAAUCAAUAAAGGCGCCCGGAUAUUUUCAUUGGCGAACAAGUGUUAUAUUCAUUUACAGUCUGUGUGUAUGCUUCUUCCCAUCAGGC